UGCGGCCUGUCUCGGGACACAUGAACGUUGGCCAGACAGUGCAGGCCGGCGACGGUGUCGGCGAGGUCGUCCAAGUCCACGCCGAAGGACGCGCUAUCCUUCUCAAGUGCAGCAGGUCGCAGCGCACGCGGUGGUACUUUCCGCACGAGCUGGCGCCGAUCGAGCGGUCGGUCGCCUUGGCGCCGGAGCGCUUUCCGACGCCGUUGCAGACGUUCAGCGUCCAGCCCAGCGACACGAGCAACGAGAAUCUGGUCGUCUUCUUGCAUGGCCUCGGCGAUACGCAUGCAGCUUCGUUCGCGCUCGGCCAAGCCAUGGCGCUGCCCCAGACAGCACUGCUCUCGCUGCGGGCGCCGCAUGCGCUGCCCUUUGACUUGGGCUAUUCAUGGUACCAUGCGCUAAGCGACCAAGGCGACGUGCUUCCGACGGGCGUUGCGCACGCAGCUCGCGAUCAGAGCAUGGCCGAGCUUCUACCCGUGCUCCACGAGGCACUGCGCGUGCUGCAUACGGUCUACGGCUGGCCGUACAACCGCGUCUUUCUCUUUGGCCUCGCGCAAGGCGCCCAUGUGGCCCUUUCGGUCGCAACGACGUUUUCCGAGCGCCUUGGUGGCGUCGUGAGCCUCUCGGGUGGUCUCCUCUCGCCGCCAUCGCCCGCGUUCAAGCAACCUACCCCCGUGCUGCUGCUCCACAGCAAGAACGACCCGCUCGUGUCCUCGUCCGUGUUUGCCGCGUGCCAAGCCGGCUGCAACUCGGCACUCGGUCGGGUCGAGACGCACGUGUUUGAUGUACCGGGGCCGCUCUCGCUGGCGACGCGCGACGAGUUGCACCCGGUCAUGGCCUUUUUCGCCGAAGCGCUCUACCUCCGCCACCUCGCGCUCGAGCAGCAGGCAGAUAUUUUCGAAGUGAAGUAAAUUG